AUGGCUGACAAGAACGAGGAACAGCAGAACACGGAGGAGUACGACUACGACCGUAAACUCUACCGCUGCCCCAUCUCGUGGCCUAUCACCGCCGACAAGCCCAAGAUGACCAAGAAGGUGUACUCCCUCGUGAAGAAGACCGUGACGAAGAGCAAGAAGGGCAUCGUGAAGGGCAUCAAGGACGUCACGAAGGCCAUCCGCAAGGGACAAAAAGGAAUUCUCAUCCUCGGCGCCGACGCCUCGCCGUACGAUGUCGUCUCGCACUUCCCGGUGAUGGCAGAGGAGGCGAAGAUCCCGUACGUGUGGGUGCCGUCGCGUCAGGACUUAGGAACCGCAACCCAAUGCAAGCGGGCCACCUCAGUUGUGCUGCUGAAGUCCGAUCCAGAUUUUCAGUCCAGCUACGAGAAGAUUGUGUUGGCAAUAGAGGACCUGAACUCAGAGGAGUAG